GCCCCUAACCUCCUCUGUCCUCUCCCCAACAAGUCCCUCCACCCCCUGUCUCCUCAGAUCUCCCACCUGAACCCUAGCCAGCGAUGGCGAUCGCGGCGCGUGCACUGCGCCGCCUCCCGCUCCACCUCUCCCCCUCCCUCGCCCGCCCCUUCUGUGCCAUAUCCCCGGCCGCCGCCGCCGCCCCCGCUCCUGCCGCCGCUUCCGCCAAGGUCGCCGACCGCAUCGUGCGCGUCCUCGCCAUCGACCUGGACGGCGGGCGCCGUGAGGUCGUCGGCCUGUCCGGGCAGACCCUCCUCCGCGCGCUCUCCAACGCGGGGCUCAUCGAGCCGGCCUCCCACCGCCUGGACGACAUUGACGCGUGCUCCGCCGAGUGCGAGGUCCACAUCGCGCAGGAGUGGCUCGAGAAGCUGCCACCGGCCUCCUACGAGGAGCGCUACGUCCUCACGCGCGCGUCCCGGAACCGGGAGCUGAACAAGCACGCGCGGCUCGGCUGCCAGGUCGUGCUCUCGCAGGAGCACCAGGGGAUGGUCGUUGCCCUCCCCGAGCCCAAGCCGUGGGACAUCCCGUAAUGCACCCUCCCUCUGCGGUGCAAGGCAAGGCAAGGCGGAAAUGUGCGGCCUCUGAAGCCGCGAGCCUUCCUUCCAACAGCUCCUGUGAUGUGCGGCGUCCCUUUUUAUGGUACGGAUUUGAUAAAAGAAUAAUGAUUUGACGGGCAAAACUUAGAGCUGUUUCUCAAACUCUUGUUUCCUUUGAAUGUGGAUUAUGUAAUGUGGAAUCCCUUGCAAUUACCCCUGUUUGUUAUUUGUUUUCUUUUGUACAUUUGAUGAAUUGUUGGUUGAAGCCCAACAUAUCCAUGCACAUUCUUUCUCAUAGACUUAUAAUGCUUGCAUAGUUUCAUGCU